GAAUAUCUUUGAUAUUCAGCUAAUAACCAAACCUGACCAUAUGUUGAAGACGCCCACAUUGGAAAAUGAUUUCCUGACAUUUCCUGUUUUGGCCAAACUGUUAAUCUGCUCUUUGUGUGUUUGUGUGGGGUGUAAACAAGGUGGCCAUGGUGUGAAAAAAUGUGCUUAGAUCUAUUAACACAAACAUAUUGUUGCUCUGAAGUCUAUCCUUUUUUUUUUAAUUAUUUUCAGUUUUAUACCCAUGUAUAAAUAUUGUUUUUCUAAAUUGUGUCAUACAGUGAAUCCAAAGAUUUGACAACACAGUCCCCCAACUGAAGAAAAAAAACACAAAACCGGAUCCAGAAAAGUCAAAUUAAUAAAAAGUGAGUGUGUGUUUCUUUGCUGCUACCUCCUCAAUGUUCUCUACCGAAACCAGACAGAAGCCGGGUCAUGCAAGACUGACAGCAGCGUCAGUAAAGUAUAUUAUGUUUAGUGGUGGGCCGUUAUCGGCGUUAACUCUUACCGGGCGAUAAAGAAAGAUAUCGCCGUUAAUCUAUUCUCAAAGUUGGGUUUGGAGCUGGGUCUAUAGGGGAGAGCCGGGACGAUUGAAACGCGGGACAAGUGAAACACAGCGAUUUUCUCGGAGCCCAUACAAGUCUGAUAUGCCAAACUACCUGAGCACAUACAGUCCACAGUACAGGGAAAAAUCAGGUGGAUACGUCACACUUUCAAAGAGUUAUAUGAAAGAAGCUUUUCUCAAGCAGUUUCUGAUGCAUUUUGGAAACAGGAGAUGAGCCCCCUGGUCUAAUGCGCCACCUGGAUUGAUAAACCCGUUCUCAAAGACUUACUUUUAGUCAUUAUUUGGGUAGCACACAUAUUCUGAAUGCCUUCGGCAGAAUUCAAAUGAGCCAUUUUAAUCUAGAUUAAUUCCAAUAUUACAGUGAGAUUAAUCUAGAUUAAAAAAAUGUAUCUAUGCCCACCACUAAUUAUGUUACUGAAUUUAUAUCUACUACAGUUACUGUGUCAUACAGUGAAUCCAAAGAUGUGACAACACAGUCUUCUUACUGAAGUUACAAAAACCACCAAACCGGAUCCAGAAGACUCAAAUAAAUAUAAAGUGUGCAUGUGUGUGUCAUUGCUGCUACUUCCUCAUUCUUCUCUACUGAAACCAGACAGAAGCCGGGUCAUGCAAGACGGACAGCAGCAUCGGUACAGUAGUAUAUCUACUAUAGUUAGUACUGCAGAGUAUACUUUGAAGGUUUACAGCAGCAUAGUAACCAAUCAACACAGAGCAGUUACAGGAAGUGAAGUGCAGCUACUGUUCAACUGUCUCAGUCCUCUCAAGAUGUCCUCAGAUAUUUAUGCCAAACCAGAUUUCUCAAAGAAGGUGAGAUACAACAGAAAGGUGCAGGAGGACAAUGUAGAGUGGGAAGAAAGAGAGGUGGCUAUCUACGAGAGUACAGACGAUAUCAGAGAUGAUCACACUGAUCUUCAGUCACACGACGCAGGACCGCACACUGAGAAUCAUCCUCCAGCCGUCCAAAGCAGGCCUUUCAGAGCUGCUGCAUUUUGUCUUGGAGUGCUGUGCUUUCUGACCAUAACUGGAAUCAUCCUCCUAUACAUACGUUUCUCUUUGGAAAAAGACCAGCUGCAGACCAGAUACGACAAACUGUACAAGAACUACAGUGAGCUGCAGGGACAACUUUUAGCAGUCAACAUCAGUCAGUUACAGAGCAGUUACGAGACACUGAGGAAAAAUCACAGCCAGUUACAGGAUGAAGUAAAGCAGCUCAAGGACAAACUUGAUGGUGAGAAAAGUUUAAAAACUAAUAGUGAACACCAGCAUCACACCAGUUCACUUGAUAUAACUUGAAUUUGCCAUUCAUUUUAAAUUAUAAUUCUUUUAUGCUGUUGAACUGUUUUCUCUGUUUAUUUAUGUUAUAAAUGAGACAAAACCUGAGUGUAUUUAUAGAGUAAACAACAAGUGGCAGGCAAGAAAGAUAUUUAAGAAGAAAGUCAAACAACAAGUUUUAUCAAUUUAACAAUGAAUGACAUGAAAUCCAUCUUUUAACACUCAUUUGACAUGAAGAGAAGUGUUGUCCUGAAGGAUGGAAGAGAUUUGGAUUCAGCUGUUACUUUAAAUCCAAUGAGAAGAAAACUUGGUCUGACAGCAGAAGUGACUGUCAAAGUAGAGGAGCAGAUCUGGUGAUCAUAAACAACGAAGAGGAACAGAAAUGUGUCAUUGAGCUGAACAAGGAUGGAGACUCCUGGAUUGGUCUACGGGCCACAGUAAAACAGACACAAACAGGAUGGGAAUGGAAAUGGAAAUGGGUGGACGACUCACCGCUGACACUAGAGUUCUGGGCAACAGGACACCCGCACAACGACUAUAAUGCUGCUACAUGCUGCGAUAAACAAGGAAAUUGGACACAGAUCGGAUAUUAUGAUCAGAAGAACUGGAUCUGUGAGAAAGGGCUUUCCUGUUUAUCUUGAGGACAGAGGGGUGUGUAGUGUUGGGAUCAACUUUGUCAAAUCAGACCAACUCACAUUUUACAUUUCUUCAGUUGUUCAUUCUGUGUUGCAUCCUGAACAACCUGGAUUACAUAGAUAUUGUUCCUCUGCCCUACACAGUGAACAGUCUGGUUGGAAGUCAUCCACACAACUACAUGUGCACUUACCCUCUCUGCAGAGAGGGAUAUUACAACAGCCUGUUUUCAAAAAGCCUAAGAUGUCACAUACAUGACAACAAGGGGAAAGACGGCUCCUUUCUGUUUCAGUGUUAUUUAAGCCAUUAUCAUAAAGGACAAACCUCAUAGGCUUCUUCCACAGACCACUUACUGAUGUAGUUACACUUGGGAGGAGGAAAGAUUAUGAAUGUGUUUUGGAGAGAAGAAUACACCUGAUUUUGAAUAAGAUUUCAAUCCAUCUUUAAUGCUUGGUUGCAUUUACACUUGGGCUGUUUUGCUAAUCAAAAGCUAUCAAAUCCACACGAUGCAUGAACUGAUACUCAGAAUAGUAACAGUCACAUCCUCUGCAUGUGCGUCAGGAAGGAUGAUAUUCAAUCAUCUCUUUUGUUUUCUUCAUAAAUUACCAAAGCACAAUUAUAUGUUUAACAUGUUAGGUUUAUUAUUAUCAUUGAACCAUUAAUACUUGUCACGUCAUUUCAUCUACUAGACAGAACAAAAAUAACUGGUCAACACAUCACAUUUCCUGUGUCAGAGAUGCAUGUGUGAAUAAACUAUAUGGAGAACAUGAAUGCAGCUUUGCACAAAUGUGUGAAUGUGAGCACAAACCUGCUGUUGAGUGAAAACCAUAUACUUCCUCAGUGUCACUGACAAAAAAAAUCUUUAUGUUUCAGCUUUAAAUAUAGUUUUAUGUGGUUUAUGCCUCAAUUAAAGUCAAGUAUUCAAUAA